AUGUUUACUCGCGCGCGAGAACUCCGACGGGCGAUUCUGGAGGAGGAAAAUGGUCGCUGGCCAGACUUAGAGUGGCGACGAACCGUAGCCGUCUACCAAGAAAGGGUUGGUAUGAAGUGGGGAAUCGCUGAGCUACGAGCUAAACGCCCUAAUCAGUACCUGCACCUGCUCCGAGCAGGAUACCUUGAGCCCAUUCCCAUAGAUUGGGCAACUCGUGCUUCAAAUCCCUUGAAAUUCCGCAUAGAUGCACCUUCUGGGGAGGGGCGCACGGGAGCUCGCAUGAAGCGUGACAUUAUUUCCGCCGUGGAAAUGGCUCGUGCAAGAAUGGCGACUGCCGUUGAACCGCCCCCGGCGUACUACUCCAUGGCUGAUACCUUUCGCCUUCAGCAUUUGCAAGGAAGCUACUCCUUGCAGGUGAUGCCGCCCCCUUUCAUACCAUUCGAUCUUCCGAAGACAACUACAGAUAAUACGAUGAUCUUACUGGACGUUUCUGGAUCAAUGGACUUUGAGCCUCUUCGUCCACUUUACACUCAAUAUUUCAUUACCGGGUUCGCCCAUGUCGCGGAAGCAAUCGUCCGUCGUUUCACAGAUGCAAUGUCCAUUCAUGACCAAAAUCCUCAUGGUUAUCAGGUCGUUACGCUUGCUAACAAGGCCGAGUAUAUCGGCUUUAUGAAGCACUCGAACUUUUGCGAUAUGUGGAGAAAUAUCAAGUUAGGGGGAGGAACACGUGUUAUGACAGGAUGGCAAAAAAUCAAGGAUCUGCUUUUCCAGAGACAUUCAGAAUCCGCUACCUACCACCCUGCCACAGACAAGAAUGAGUUCGAACUCGAAUUGCCGGGGCUCUCUUGGGUCCAUGUGACCAUAUUCCUGAUUGGAGUGGAUGGGUGCCCGCACCACCACCGGCGUGCCAACGAGCUGCAAAGGAUCAGCGAAGUGAAUCCACAUGUCUCGCUUGUGGAUGCUCAGGGUAAUGCACCGGAGCGUUAUGUCACACAUGAGCUACUGAAGCGGCAUCUGGGGUAUGAUGUGCCGAUGGACGAAUUUGAGCGGUUGGAGCAAUGGCCGGGAAGUGCAGAACCACCAGUGUAUGAAGCGUAA